CGCCGCCGGCCAGUUCCUGGUUGAGCGGCAGGGAAGGCGGGCAGCAUGCUGAGGCGGCCGGGGCCCGGGCUGGGCUCAGCGCGGCUCUCGCUGCUUCUGUGCUGGCUGCGCCUCUGCCUGGCCGGCAGCGCGGCGGCCCCGCACCUGGUGGUGGUGCUGGCCGAUGACCUGGGCUGGCACGACGUGGGCUGGCACGACUCCCUCAUCCGCACCCCGCAGCUGGAUGCGCUGGGGGCGGGCGGGGUGCGGCUGGAGCGCUACUACACGCAGCCCCUGUGCACCCCGUCCCGCAGCCAGUUGCUCACCGGCAGGUACCAGAUCCAUACAGGUUUACAACACCAAAUAAUUUGGCCUUGCCAGCCCAGCUGUGUCCCAUUGAAUGAGAAACUCCUGCCUGAACUGCUGAAGGAAGCAGGAUAUGUUACCCACAUGGUAGGGAAGUGGCAUCUAGGCAUGUACAAAAAAGAGUGCCUCCCAAUCCACAGAGGAUUUGAUACUUACUUUGGUUAUCUUCUGGGAAGUGAAGAUUAUUAUUCCCAUGAACGUUGUGUAUUCAUCAGUGCAAAGAAUGCAACACGCUGUGCUCUUGAUUUUCGAGAUGGAGAAGAAGUUGCAGUUGGAUUUGGAAACAUGUAUUCCACUAAUGUAUUUACGAAAAGAGCUGUAGAUCUUAUAGCCAGCCAUAAAACUGAGAAGCCUCUCUUUCUCUAUCUUGCUCUCCAAUCUGUCCAUGAGCCCCUUCAGGUCCCUGGGGAAUACGUGAAACCAUACGCUUUCAUCAAAGAUGAGAAGAGACGUCAUUAUGCAGGAAUGGUAUCCAUUAUGGAUGAAGCUGUAGGAAAUGUCACUGCAGCCCUGAAGAGAUAUGGGCUUUGGGACAACACAGUUCUCAUCUUCUCUACUGAUAACGGAGGACAGACUUUGGGAGGUGGAAAUAACUGGCCUCUAAGAGGAAGAAAGUGGACGCUCUGGGAAGGAGGAGUGAGAGGAGUAGGAUUUGUUGCAAGUCCUUUACUGAAACAGAGGGGAGUAGAAAGUCAUGAACUGAUCCACAUCUCUGACUGGCUGCCGACUCUAGUAAAUCUUGCUGGGGGACAUAUAAACAGCACUAAGCCUCUGGAUGGCUUUGAUGUGUGGAAGACUAUCAGUGAAGGAAGCCCUUCUCCGAGAAAGGAGCUGCUUCAUAACAUAGAUCCUAUGUUUGUGGACACUUCUCCAUGUCCUGGUAUUGACAACAGGACAUCUUCACCACAGGAUAAUUCUUUUCCAUGGGACGAUUCAAUCUUCAAUAUAUCCAUACAUGCUGCAAUUCGACAUGGAAAGUGGAAACUACUAACUGGGUAUCCAGGCUGCAGCCACUGGUUCCCACCACCACCUUUGUUCAGUGAAUCAAAGAUUCUAUCAUCUGACCCACCAACAAAGAAACUUUGGCUUUUUGAUGUUGUUAAAGAUGCUGAGGAGAGAAACGACUUGUCUGAAAAAUAUCCUGGCGUUGUGAAAAAACUGCUCUCCCGGCUGCAGUACUACUAUAAACACUCUGUGCCUGUGUUCUACCCUGACGAUGACCCCCGUUGUGACCCAGGAGAAACUGGAGCCUGGGGGCCUUGGAUGUAGACUACUACAUUUGCAACCUGAAAAUUGCGGACUCAGGGUUCUAGUCAUAUAUUUUGACCUCAUUUCUUUUACCCUUUUAACUGUGAUUUCAUCCCUGGGGUUAUUCAAAUCUGCUGCUUCUUAAGCAGUAUUGGGGAUCUAAUGUCACCCCCUGAUUGUACUAGAAACACAGUUAAAAUCAUAAAUCUCUCAUUUUCGUGUUC